GAGGAAGGCCCUGUCCUUGUACGGUCCGUCAGCGGAUACCGUCGCUGCUUCGCUAUAGUUGGCUCAUGGAGUCCUGGGGAGGGGGGCGGAGCCGUGUGGAAACGCUUCACAGAGAAUCCGUUAGGAUGAACAGUACGAAUAGGGUAGCUGGCGCCUUUUUAAUGGCGGUACUUCGUUAUCCCAGAACGUUAUAGAUACACACUUGGCGCUAAAAUUCUUGGAAGCAUGGCUGUAAUUAUUAAAAAAAAAAAGCCGUAGUAACUAAAAGGCAAAAUACAUGCGCACGGAUUUUGAAGAUUACCAAAGCGUUUCCCACGGCCUGAUUCGUAUUUAUUUGUUAAAGUCUACAUCUGUUUUUUCAGUAAUGAUUUUAAUAUGUUUGGUUUUUCCUACAUGAACAUAAAUACGUUCCUUUCUAGUCCCUGCAUCUGAAGGAAUUCUGAAAAGCCCUCCAUCGAGCUAUGGCUACCACCUGUUCUGCAAAAGAAGAAAGGAUUAAGUACAUAAAGGGAGAUCUUUUUACAUGUCCUGAAACAGACUCCUUGGCUCACUGUAUUAGUGAAGAUUGUCAUAUGAGUGCUGGGAUAGCUGCCAUUUUUAAGAAGAAGUUUGGUGGUGUUCAGGAACUCUUGAACAAACGAAAGAAAACUGGAGAUGUGGCUGUUCUGAAUAGAGGGAAGAGAUAUGUGUACUAUCUGAUUACAAAGGACAAAUACUUUCAUAAGCCUAUAUAUGAAAAUCUACGGAAGAGUUUAGAAGCCAUGAAAAUUCAUUGUCUACAGCAUGAUGUAACUUGCAUUUCUAUGCCCAAAAUUGGGUGUGGACUUGACCGAUUGGAUUGGAGUAAAGUUUCAACAAUGCUUGAAGAAGUAUUUGAAGAUACGGAUGUUAAGAUUACAGUUUAUACCCUUUAAUUCUUGGGCCAAUUAUCUUUGUUUCCAAUUUGUGGUAUUCUUUUUUUGUAUUUGAUUUAUAAGAAGAUGAUAGGAUAAUCUUGGUCCAAGUUUCCUUCAAUCUUCCAGGUAUUUCUCACCAUUACUAGUGUCCAAUCAUGGGCAAUAUUUUGCACAAGCUUGCAGUUAGAUCUUUCAGAAAUUCUCAGUCCAAACAGAACUGGCUGUUACUCGUUUAGCAAAUGAAGCUACUAGUUUGAAAAGCAAACAAAAAAGUCUGGCUAUGUUUCGUUGUUCUAGCACUUUUUGCUAUGUAGGCUUGUAUUUCAAGUAAACAACUAUGGCUCUUUGGUGGUAAACCAUUGAAGACGUAUAUGUUCAAUUAAAAUAAGAUCUACUUAUGUUUAUGUAAAUAAAAUUCCUUUUCCAAA